AUGGGAGAACACGUCGAUGGAAUUAAAGUAUGGCAGGAUAUGAUACAACAUAAACCAAAAUUGAAUGUUCAACUUCAAGAAAUAUCGAAAGGGAUACUAGAUUUAUUGAUAGAAACUAAUCAACAAGAUACUAAACAACAUGAAUAUCUUGUGAAACAUAAAGAAGAUGCCGAAAAAGGUUAUAAACAUGAUAUAAAACAUAAACAACUUUUUGGGAAUUUAUUCAAUACUACAUUAACAAUAAUCGACGAUUCUGAUGGAGUUGCUCGAUGUGGAAAUUGUCAUUGGGAAGCUCAUGGAACUAUAUGUCAACAUUGUGGUACUCGUUUUCGAAUCCCACGACAUUCAGAAGUAUUUGAAGAUGAAGAUGAAGAGGAUUUUGAAGAUGCAUCUAAUGCUGAUCUUGAGAUUAAUGCUUAUGAUUCAGACGAUAGUUUUAUAGAUAGCCGAAGUAUUGGCGAUAUAAAUACCGAGGAAUUGCUUAGGAGUAGUGGAAUAACCAAUGAUAUUCUAUCAAGCGAUGACGAAAAUGAUUUACACGAAGUAAGGACAUCAUCUUACAUCCAUGACGAUUGGAAUGGGUUUGAAAGUGCCGAAUCUGAUGUUGAAAGGGAAGUAAUUGAAUUGAGUGGAGAAGAUGAUGAUGAAUUCUAUGAUUCGGACGAUGUACGUGAUGCAUUGGAUCAAUUCUAUGGAGAUAGGCGCGAGGGGAAUCCACAUUUUCAAUCGGAUGAUUCAGAUGACUCUGAGAUCUUGGUGGGUCGAUCUCGUGCAAUGGUUAUAGAUGACGAUGAUGAUAGUGACAAUGAUGCUAACCAUCAAAGGUUUGAGGGUGGAAGAAAUCAAGAAGAUCAAGAAGAACGAACUCAAGCUACCCACUAUGAAAUUUUAGAUCUGGAUGAAAGUCAGGAUGAUGAUCAAAAUGACCUACAUAGUCAGAAUGCUCAGUAUGAGAGUUUGGAUGAUGAUCAAAAUGGGGCCGGGUGUGAGCCAGACAAUCAUUAUGAUGGGGUAGAUCUGGAUAAUGACAUGCAGGAGCAUACAUAUGAAGGAGAUGAAUAUCACGAUCCACAAGAUAGUUUUGAAGAAGCCGCUCAAGAUGAUGACUAUGAUCAAGGUGAUGACUAUGAUCGCGAUGACUAUGGGCAAGAUGAUGGGUAUGGUCAAGGUGAUGACUAUGAUCAAGGCGAUGACUAUGGGCAAGAUGAUGAUUAUGGCCAAGGCGAUGACGAUUACGGUCAAGAUGACGAUGGUUAUUAUUAG